GGCGCAGCCUCGGGCUGGCGCGGGCGGCCGGGACCGAUUUUCGGACGGCGGCGGGACGCGCUCUGGAGCCACCCGGCCGGGAGGUCGCGCGUGCGCCGUGCGCGGCUCCCGGCUGUGUCGGUGCUGCUUGCUGACCGCAGAGGUCGGCCGCGGGAAGCCAACCAGAGCCACCAUGUCUAGGACUGAAGAAGCAGUUCCUGGAGGAGGCGACAGCCACAGCCCUGCUGGAGGCAAGUCUGUGCUGUGCUUCGGGCAGUGCCAGUACAGUGCAGAAGAGUACCAGGCCAUCCAGAGCGCCCUGCGGCAGAGGCUGGGCCCGGAGUACAUCAGCAGCCGCAUGGCCGGCGGUGGCCAGAAGGUGUGUUACAUUGAGGGUCACAAGGUGAUCAGUCUGGCCAAUGAGAUGUUUGGGUACAACGGCUGGGCUCACUCUGUCACUCAGCAGAAUGUGGACUUCGUUGACCUCAACAAUGGCAAGUUCUACGUGGGAGUCUGUGCAUUUGUGAGGGUGCAGUUGAAGGACGGCGCCUAUCAUGAGGACGUAGGCUAUGGUGUUAGCGAGGGCCUCAAGUCAAAGGCCCUGUCCCUGGAAAAGGCCCGGAAGGAGGCGGUGACGGAUGGCCUGAAGCGGGCUCUCAGAAGUUUUGGGAAUGCUCUUGGAAACUGUAUUCUGGACAAAGACUACCUGAGGUCGCUGAAUAAGCUUCCACGCCAGCUGCCUCUUGAAGUGGAUUUAACUACAGCAAAGAGACAGGACUUUGAACCGUCUGUGGAACAGGCAAGAUAUAAUAGCUGUCGGCUAAACGUAGCUCUGGGACUCCCAAAACCACAGGAGGUGACCUCCCCUUGCAGACCAAGCCAUGCGGGUGACCCCCACAUUGUGCUACAAGGAGAUAAGGCCAGCAGCUCUCGCGCCAGCAAGUUGGUCUGUGUGCUUCCUCAGGACCCGUAUCUGUCAUCAUUAACCUGGUUAACUCAGGAACUCACCUUUUUGCUCUUGGGAUGCAGAAGCCUGACCUCGUCCACUGUCGAGAGUGACGCCACUUACCAGCGGAAGCUUCGGCAAAAGCAGCUGCAGCAGCAGUUCCGGGAACAGAUGGAGAAGCAGCCACAGGUUCAGAUACUUGCUCCAGCUGCAGUUGAGAAGCAGAGUGAGGCAGUCCCUGCAGUCCUUCCUCCGACACAUAGCACGCCCAUCGGGGCUGUCUCAGAACCGCUCAGGGAGAAAGUAAGCCUUAAAGAGAGUCUUGAAGACAACCUUGAAAUGUGGGAUCUGACUCCCGACUUAGAAGACAUCGUGAAGCCCUUUUCUAAACCAGAACCAGCCCAGACCUCCGCCACCCCAGUCCUGAACCACCAGAUCCCAUACAGCCUCUGCUGCCAGAAGCCACAAGAAAAAGCUGGACCCUGGCAAGCCCAAGUUUACACUGCUAACCACCAUGUGUCAGGAAACUGUGAGUCUCAUAGGAAGAACCAGGACAUGAAGAAAAGGAAACUGGAUCCACCUUAACCAGAGGCUGUGGAUAGCACUGGACUCUUAAAAAUGAACUUAGGAAAACUUCCUUGUUGGUCAUGAAAUUGCUCAUCACUCUUGGGAAUGAAUUUUAUUUCUGAAGAUAUACCUUGACUCUUUCUGAACUUCAUCCGAGGACUGUCAGACCUACUACAGAGAAAGCCAAGCACUUCAUUUGUGGCUUGUCAUGCACUGUGGUAGGAAGGGCAGAAGCAGAGGAAAUACUUUGGCUCCUGAGGUUUUUCAUUGUUUACUCUUAAGCUAUUACAAUAAAGAUAGACACUUUUAUAACUUC